CUAUUCGAGAACGAUUUUCAAGAAGUUGAGUCGCGCUGUAUCUGAAUCUUAAAAUAAACCCCUAUACAAAUGUCAAAAUGUUUAGCCUUUCGAUAUCGUGGUAUAUUUUUACACUCACACUAUUGGAAUUAAUUAUCAAAACCCAUCCAACAUUGCAUGACAGCAGUCAUGGCUUCAUCAGCAAAAAUUCGAGAUAUUUCGACGAUGAGUUAGCUGGCAUACACGAGGAGGUAGUAUCAUUGAGAACACCUCAUUUGAAUGAUGUAUCUCUGAAGCUCCCUAUUAAAUUUGAACCCACUUUUCUUGAUUUCAAGCAGAGACCUCUAGGGGUGCCUCAUUUGGAAAAGGUAACCCUGUUCAAUGUAGACAAGAACAGAAGCAUUGAUAUGACAUCCAUAUCUGGGAGCACUGUUCAUUUCCACAGUUCUUUUUUUGAAGACAGGAAAAUCCCCCCAAAUGGCAACACCUCAUUCAAUGUGGUGUUCUUGGGUAGAGAAGAAGGCUUCUUAGAAAGCAGCCUUUUUAUACACACAUCGGAGGGUUACUUAAAGUACAAUGUUAAAGGUGCCAGCACCUUCAGCCAUUACAGAAUAAGACCCAUUGUAGGUGUGAAGUUGCCAUUAAAUUCAACAUUCACACCCUUGAUACAUAUUUAUAAUCCACACUCGCAGCCCCUACAGAUUGUCGAGAUAUUCAGUAGUGGAGGUGGAUUUUACCUGGAGUUGCCUACAGGAGAACAAGAAGGUCCCAAUGAUCUGUGGGAGAUUCCUGCUCAGCACACAAAGGCUGUCAUAAGGGUUCGAUUCAAAGCCCAAGUAGUCCAGAAUUACACAGCCUAUGUCAGGAUAAAACUGAACGACCCCGACGAGACCCUGGUCGUCCCUCUGGAAGUCCAAGUGACGGACACGCCGGGCGUGCUCCACCUGCAAGGCUACGUGGACUUCGGCGUGGGCGGAUCGUUGGAGGGGCAGCGCGACCUCGGCCUCUGUCUGCGCAACCCGCACAGCCGCCCGCUGCGCGUGCACAGCGUGUCGUCGGGCUCGAGGGCGGUGCGGGCGCGCUACCACACCGUGAGGCUGCCGCCCGAGGGCGGGGAAGGCGAUGAGGAGGAGGGGGCGGGGUGUGUGGAGGUGGGGACGCUCACGGUGGAUUGGAAGACUGCAUACGAAACCAAAGACUUUUCGGGGAAGAUCAUAGUGAAAUAUCGCAGUGGGAAAAACAGAUCUGAAAUACCGUACCACUUAACUGUGCUGAAAGGUGGUCUCACUUUCGACCCCCUCAUCACCACCUAUUUCAUGAAUGACAAGAUGGUAGACCUGUCUUCCAGAGUUUUCAAGGUCAAGAACGAGUUCGAAUAUACCGUCGAGGUUAAGAACGUGACAUUUCCACAGGAGGCUAAUUCGUAUUUUAAGAUCGAAACAAAUGCUCCUAAAGUGCUGAAACCCGGUCAGGAAGUUAACGUUUUCAACAUAAAGCUCAAAAACAACAUUCGGAUGUCUGAUUUGCAGCUAAACUCCAACAUAGUACUGCACACCAAUAUUUCAAAUAUAUUGGUACCACUGUUGAGUUACAAUGGUAAACUACAAGUGCAUUUGCCCUUCAAAAGCAAAGAUUAUUCUCUAGAUAUCGGGCUAAUAGGCUUCGAUUCCAAAAAAGAAAUCUACUUCAUGAUCGUGAACCACAAUCCCGUGUCUUUGCAUUUGAAGCACGUUCAUUCAUCUAUACCGAUGACUCAAGUAGAAGUUCAAGGGUGUGGAAGUGGAGACCACAGAUUGGUGUUGUUCCAACCGACAUUUACCAAUCUCACGAAAUGUCACCACUUGAAAUCGAACCAGUAUGCUGUGCUGAAAGUCACUGUGACUACGUCGCACGUAGAGGGCCAGGUGUGGGGUGAAAUAUACAUUGAGACUCAGUUUGAGAACCUCAAAGUACCCGUUCACUUCAAAAUAGCACCAGGACGGUUGGACGUCAGCUCUGACAAGCUAGUUUUCGAUCACUGCUUUCCUGCGAAGGUAUGUUCGCACCCUGUACGUAUACACUCGACGUUCAACGAUCCCAUGAUCAUAGAGGACAUCAUCACUCUACCUCCCGACAAGCGAAUAUCCAGCAGGCACACAGGACACAUCCUGGCCAGAACAUCGAAGGUUAUCGGUCACAUGUUCCUCAAUCCUGAUCUGCAUUGCCAGGCGGACUGUUAUACAGGCUUGCAGACAGACACUUCAGCUCAAUGGCUGAAGACGUUUUCGCUGUCCAAAUUCGUCUCCGACUUCGACUUGCAUCUAGUGAACGUUUUCUAUAACAGAUAUCUGAAUUUGACCUCCAACGGCACCAAAAAGUGGCAAAAUAUUACUUUGCGGUUAGACACGUCCGAAGUAAGGGGUCACAUCUUCAAAACUCGCGUCAAAAUGAGCUGGCCCCGCUUGAUAGUCGAGCAAAACACCGAAAACUACUCUAUAUUCACGUUUCCAUUGACGCAAGUGGGAAACAUAUCGUACCUAAACGUCACUCUACGCAAUCCUGCUAGCUACAAUGUCGUCGUGCAACUAGUGUUCGACCGGGACUAUCCUAAUUUCCAAAUUCUGCAGAACGGCUUACCACCGAAUCUACUAACGAAAAGUUCAGGGGAAAAUAGCACCACACACGGUUUCUUCUUCCCCAACCGGAGCAAAGAUGCGCAGCUCGAUUUUUUUUCAGAAAUGUUAGGAGUCACAGUGGACCCAGACACGUUACCGCUCCUGUUGAAACCCGGGCAAUCACAAUCAGUUCUCAUAGGAUUCCGCACAACAGACACCAGCCCUUACUCCGCCCUACUCCUCCUUAGAAACAACCUGACUAUCCUGGAAGUCGUGAGACUCAACGCGCAAGGAGCGUCCCCGGCUUUCAAAUUCGGCAAUCGCAAACCAGGCUCCGCGCAAUUUCUCACUUUCGAUCUAAACGAGAAGCAUCUGAAAGAAUGUGAGAAACUCAAAGCUCAGAACACAGCUGGGACGCCAUAUCUCACAGUGAAACGUACCUUCACUGCGAGAAAUACCGGUGACGUGCCCUUGUACGUGCAAAGCUUCCACAUCAACGAUUACCCUUGCGAGGGUUACGGUUUCAAAGUCAUAGACUGCGAACCCUUCAUGCUACCUCCGAACAGCACAAAAAGGAUCGAUAUCGCCUUCACUCCAGACUUGACGUUGACAAAGAUCACCAGAACCUUAAUCCUCGCAACAAGCCUCAACAUACCAGUGAACUACACCCUGUAUAGUACAAUAACAUCGUCGUUUUUGAACGCUUGCUCGGAGGUCAUAGCCAGGCCUUUCUGGGAAAUAUACCUGAGCUACUUGACCGUAGGCUCGAUGUGCUGCCUACUGGUGGUGAUCGUGUUUGUAGCUAUGAUCGAUGCCGAUCGCGUUAGGCGACAAGCCAUGGGGUCAUUUGUAGCUCCUAGUAGCCCUGCGGUGCAGCCCGUUUUGGAUUUGAGGCUGGUGGGGCAGCAAAUCCGGGAAGAGAUACAGUCUGCGAAAAGUGGAGGGGAGAAAGUCGUCGUUUGUGAAGAUAAGGCUUCGCAGAAAGAGUUGGAAGAUGAGGGGAAGAAGUUCGAGAUGGAGCGAUAUACUGUACUUGUACCAGUUACUGGAAAGGCUAAGAAGAAACUAGGGAAAAGAAAUAGUGGGGAGCCUUCUCAGAGUGAGGAAAGCUCAGUGGUGCAGGUACAGGAGAAACCUGAGAAGCGAAGAGAGAAGUGUUGUGAGGUGAAGCAGAAGACAAAGGAGAAGGACAAGGAGUUGAAGAGCGAAGAAAAAGACAAAAAAAUUCUAGAAAUCGCGCAAAAGGAGGCUGAGGAGAAGAAACCUUCCUCUCAGCCAAGAAAAGCCAAAAAUACUGUAGUACCUGUCUAUGAGGAGGAAAGCUCCUCGACGACUACUGACAGCAGUAGUAGCAACUUCGAGGAUCCUGAAAAGGAGAAUAACCAAAGAAACACGCAGACAGUUUGCUCAAAGAUCAACUGCAGACCGACCAAAAUCGAAACCGUCAAACCUGUCAUCCAAGAGAACCUGAACUAUUCUGUCGAAACGAAACCAGUCACAUUCAGCCACAACCAUCACCACAAUCGUAUCAAACACCAAAAGCCACUACCCAAAUCUCAAAAAACCAGCGAAAAACUUGGCAAAGACAAAGACUUCCAUCACAAGCCCAACGAUGGCGUUCCCGUCCAGAAACACCACUCGCACAUGCGCGAUAAGAAGCGUGAUAGGUCGGGCAAGGACAGGAAGGAUAAGAGCUACCACAAAAAAUCCUCCAUGGACAAAAAACUAGCCAAGGAAGCUGGCGGAUUGGAGAAGCAGCGCAAGAGCUUGACCAGCUUCAACAUCUCCUUGCCUCCUGUGACCUCGACCCCCUGCGUUUGGGGGGAGAGUAGGGCGAAGUUUAGCGACGUGGUGGCGAGAAGCGAUGCUGCUUCUGUCUCCACCAGAUCGCACAACCCCAAAUCCGUUGCCGGCAAACCUACGAUGUACGUGGAGCCCUACAAGCAAACGCCCAUCACAGAGCUAGGGCCAAUCGGGUCGCGACGUACCGAUGGGCGAAGCUCGGCCGAAAGCAAUCGAAGAUCGUUGGAGGAUAACUUCGACAGCUUCAUGCAAUCGAACGGGCUGAUCAGGGAUUCGAGCAACAGCUUCUUUUCGGACGAGAUUCGGUUGGACAGCAGCGGACGGGAGAGCUGUUAUUUGGACGAUAUGGCGAACGUGGGAGGUGGGUGGAGCCAUCAGCAGGGGUACGACGGCUGUAUGAUGGAACCCGGUACGGGGUCUGACACUGGCUUCAACAUGGAAGAUCCAUGGAACCAGAGCCUGUUGAACUCGAGCUCCUACUGGGACAGCUACAACCCCCUGCUGUUGGAGGCCCACCUGCAGGCCGAGACGGCCGCCUCCCAACCGGCCGCCUCCAGAUCGGCCGGCUACCUGUGGGGCUCCUCUGCGGUGUGGCAGCCCUGGGCGCCGGAAGCGCCUGGCACGCCGACAAGGACGCCCCCCGGGUUCGACGAGUUCCUGCACAGAAAGAGAGACGACUCACCUCAACCAAGGAACAGCUACAGUCCAUUCAACACCUCUCCUCUGUGGACCCAGCAACAAAGCAACCCUUGGAACUACUCCCAAGGGCAGUAAAAAUUUUCGUCCGAUACGGCCCUGGCACUUAUUUCCGCUCUCUGAGCGAACCCUCUGAUUUUGUUUUUGUAAGACUGCAUGUAAUUUACGGAAUACUCAUUCGUGUAGGCGAUUUUUAUAGUCCUGCCCAUCCCAAUUUUUUUUUGACGUUUACUUAGCGAACUUUCAACGAUUGUGAAUGUACUACCGACUGGACUGUGUUGACGGUUGUCUAAAAAAAUCGGUCUCAAUAAAUGUUAUGAGC